AUGGCAGACGACGUUUUGGAGUUGGAUAUUUGGGGAGGUGACUGGGAACUCCCUUCCGUGGAUCCGGAUUGUUUAACUGUUUUGGCAUUUGCAAAGUUUUGUGGAGUCCCUUGUACUGCCAUCAAAAGAAACAAUCCAGUAUGGACACCAUCAGGCACAUUACCAGUUUUAAGAAACGGUAAUAAAUCUUCAUCGAGGAUGUCAGAGAUGUUAGAAAUUAUCAGAAAAAAGAGUCCAACUGGAGUGACAAACCAGGUGGGUCAAAAUGAUGCUAACAUCAAGGCCUUCACCUCUCUACUAGAGCAAAAGCUUUUACCUGCAGUAUUACACACUUGGUGGUUAGAUGAUCAGACUUAUGUUGAUGUGACUCGCCCCUGGUAUGCACAUGCCAGCCCAUUCCCUUUGAACUUUUACAUCCCUGGGAGACUUCAAAGGACUGCAGCAUCAGUUGUGUACAUGGCGGAGACUGUGGACCCAGAUAAUGUAACAAGAGAGGAAAUAGUUGCAAAGAUCUAUAAAGAUGCAAAAGAAUGUCUGAAUCAUUUGUCUUAUCGGCUUGGUGAACAAGACUUCUUCUUUGGAUCCUUGCCCUCUGAAUUGGAUGCUAAAGUUGUUGGUUACCUUGCACCUCUGCUGAAUGCGCCAAUACAAACGAAUCGUCUGAUAAACCAUCUGAAAGCUUGUACAAAUCUCUGUACUUUAUGUAACAGAGUGCUUAUGAGAUAUUUUCCUCUUAGCCCAGAAGAAUCAGAAAUAAAAAGAAAACGUGAGGAAGAAAAACGACAGAAGAUGCAGAUAGAUUCUCUUGAGUUUCCUAACAAGAAGCGUAAUAUUUUUUUUGCAGCAUUGUUUGCUGCUGUAGCAAUGAUAUCUUAUGCACUGACUUCAGGAUUGGUUAAAUUUGAGACUGAAAUGGCAAAUAACCCUGAUUAUGCAGAUGAUGAUUACUAUGAGGAAGAAGAUGAGAAUGGUUAACCUUACCAACACUUAGGAGUUUUAUUGGGUUAGAAAUUAUUUACAAAAGAUGUGUUUUUAAACAUACUAUAACGCUUCAGAGGAAAAAAAAGAUGACUAUUGAUGAAUGUGUUUAUACAAAUGUUGUGGAUGAAUCAGUGCUAUAUACACUUUUUAUUAAAAUGUACAAACCACCAAAGUAUACUGUUUUGAAUGUUUAAAAAUGAACUUCUUGUAUUUACAGUGUAUACAUAGAUAAUAGUGUUGUUAGUCUUGGAGGUUUUUUGGCACUUUUUACAAUUGUCAGAGGUUUGGAUCUUAUACACGUCUCUCAUUUUGGAGUUUUUGGCACUCUUCACAAUCUACGCUGUAUAAAUAAUGCUGUCCAAGGUUUCAGAGCUCCCAAUAUAUGUCUAGGGUUUAGGCAUUGCACAACACUCCCCAUUGUUACAAGUGUUUCCUUUUCUUUGAAAAAAAUAAAAAAUGAGAUGUGUUUACUACAAA